CGCGAUUGACGUUUACGUCCGUGACGCCCAGGAGGGCAAGGACGUGGGGUUUCCGAGAGUGCGCAGUAAGUGCGACGGCGACGACCCCCUCGGCCUUUUUAGGGAGGGGGCGACGCUGAGAUGGGGGCGGCGGCGGCGGAAGCGGAUCGCACUCUCUUUGUGGGCAACCUUGAAACUAAAGUGACCGAGGAGCUCCUCUUCGAGCUUUUCCACCAGGCUGGACCGGUAGUAAAAGUGAAAAUUCCAAAAGAUAAGGAUGGUAAACCAAAACAGUUCGCAUUUGUGAAUUUCAAACAUGAAGUAUCUGUUCCUUAUGCGAUGAAUCUACUUAAUGGAAUCAAACUUUUUGGGAGGCCCAUCAAAAUUCAAUUUAGAUCAGGAAGUAGCCAUGCCUCACAGGAUGUCAGUUUGCCAUAUCCCCAGCAUCAUGUUGGAAACUCAAGCCCUACCUCUACAUCUCCUAGCAGGUAUGAAAGGACUGUGGAUAACAUGACUCCAUCAGUACAGAUAAUUCAGAGAUCUUUCUCUUCUCCAGAAAAUUUUCAGAGACAAGCAGUGAUGAAUAGUGUUCUGAGACAGAUGUCCUAUGGUGGGAAAUUUGGUUCUCCACAUCUGGAUCCAUCAGGAUUUUCCCCAUCGCAUAGUCAUAGUUUUAACCAGUCUUCAAGCUCCCAGUGGCGCCAAGAUACGCCAUCAUCACAACGUAAAGUCAGACAGAAUUCUCAUCCCUACAUCCCGGAUCGGCAUUAUAGCCGUGAACAGUGGUACACCGACCAUGGGUCUGAUCAUCAUUACAGAGGAAGCAGGGAUGACUGCUUCAGUGAGGAUAGGAAUCCUGAUGGCUGGAGCCACGACUAUGACAACAGACGAGACAACAGCCGAGAUGGGAAAUGGCGUUCAUCUCGACACUAACAAGUGUUAAAAGGACGAAGCUGUUAUAGGGUCAUUCUAGGUCCGAAGUUGUUAUAGGGUCAUUCUAGGUCCUUUUGGCUAAACUGACCUGGAAAUGUUUUGUUAAACUGUAUAGAGCAGCUUUACAAGUUGCCACGUUUCUUUAUAAAAUUUUUAAAACCUAUUGCUACAGUCUAAUACAGAAAUAAGGGUUGUGGUUCCAGUUUUACUACAGUAAUAACCUUUCACCUCAGGGUUUUAUGAAGAGGAAAGGGUUUUAUGCAAAAGAAAGAGCCACAAUUCCUAAUCAUUUUAGACAAAUGAGGAAGGAGGAUGUAUUAUAUGUGUUGGUUGUAUUAUAAAGCAAAUAUUUUAAUUAUCUGUUAUCUUUUUGUAUUGCAAGAAGUUUCUUGUUAGUGAAUCAGAUUUUGGUGUGUAUAAUGAAAACAUUCAAGUUCUGAUAGUCUGAAUUGACUAUCAAUAUUUUGUUAAAUGAGAAAAUUAAUUUCAGUGAUUCAUUUUACUAACAUUUUAUGUAGAAAGUUUAUUGGUAAAGUUUGGGGAUAAAUCAUAUUUGACUUCUUAGAGAAUUCUUAGUGUAAGUUCUGUGACCUGGUCUUUUGAAUUUUACUCCAAUUGAACAUAAAAUUGUAAAUUUAUACAUGCUAUCUCAUUCUAAAAUUUUAGAAUUUGCUCAUUAAGUCAUGUUUGAUGUAUAGCUGAAGUCACUCAGGAAGUUAAAUAUUUUUAAAUGUAUUUUUUUACAUUAAAAAUACAGUGUUAAUAUAAAUCCCCCUUUUCAGGAAUAACACAAAUGUAAAUGCAUAGUCAGAUAAAAAUGGUAAAAUGUUUUACUGAAAGUAUGCUUUUGUGAGGAAAAAAAAAGGUUCCUGAAGCCUUUAAGUGCUGCCUCUAACACUCAAAUUUUUAAAAUUCUGACAUUUUCAAAGUGCCCAGGACAUGUGUAUAAGGAUACAUUUUAUUAUGGAGAUUGUACAGGUCGCUUUUUUGUUUGAACAUUUGAAAGAAUUUAGUCUUAAACAUUUUCUGAUUAAAAAUUUUAAGAUCUUGUUUAGCAGAACUUUUGUGUAUCAAGAUGCUGUUUCCUCUUUGUUGUAGAACUUGUUUAUAAAAAUAUCAUUCCUUGAAAAUUUUUGAUCCUUUUUAGUAUUAAUCACAGCAUUUGUACUGUUGCUUUUUAAUAUAUUGAAGACAAAAA